CUCGUUUUGCCGUCUUGAAGUUUCUAGAAAAUGGCGGAUAUAUUUAGUAAAGCAAACGAAGAAUUCGUCAACGAGAAUUACAAAAGAGCUGUAGAGUUGUACACAGAAGCCAUUGAUGCAGAUGGAAGUAGAGACGAAUUCUUCUGUAGUCGAGCUCAGGCUCACAUAAAGCUUGAGAAUUUUAAUGAAGCGAAAGAAGACUGCUGCACAGCUUUGUCUUUAAAUUCCAAAUCAUCUAAAGCAACAUUGAGGAAAGGUGUUGCCUUAUUUAACUUAGAAGAUUACCAAAGUGCUUUGGAUGCAUUUAAAGAAGGGCAGAAAUUGAAUGAGACUGACAGUUCUUAUGACAGCUGGAUAAAAAAGUGUGAAGAGAAGAUGAAAUCCUUGUCCAUGGGUGACGACAGUAUUAAACUCCAAAGCCAGGUGCCUGUACCCAGUGAGCCUCCGACGGAACAUAAACCAGUGCCAAUUCUACCCAGUGUCAGGCAUGAUUGGUACCAAACCCCAACACAUGUUGUUAUUACUGUUUUGCUGAAGAAUGUCAACAAGGACAGCUUAGUUUGUGAUAUCCAAGAAAAUAGUUUAAGUGUGAUAGUGAAAAGACCGGAUCUGGAGGAUUACAGUCUCCAGUUGCAUCUCGCCCACACUGUUGUACCACAACAGUCAACAUACAAAGUCACACCUUCUAAGAUUGAAAUCAAAUUGAAGAAAAGUGAGGGGUUACAAUGGACAAAGUUGGAAGGUGAUGGACAGAACACUGAAAUAAAAUCAUUCACUCAAGAUGCGCAAAGAUAUCCGUCAUCAAGUCACUAUACGAGGAACUGGGACAAGCUGGCGAAAGAGGUGGGUGAGGAAGAGAAGAAUGAGAAGAAAGAAGGAGACGCUGCAUUAAACUCUCUCUUCCAGCAGAUUUACUCAGAUGGGUCGGAUGAGGUCCGGAAAGCCAUGAUUAAAUCUUUUUAUGAAUCAGGAGGAACAGUACUUAGUACGAACUGGAAUGAAGUGGGAACGGAAAAAGUAGAUGUUAAACCACCAGAUGGCAUGGAGUUCAAGAAGUGGGACAGUUAAAAACAAUGUGAUUGUUACUUCACCAAGGCCAAGUCUGCAGAUCUGUCAUUUUAUAUCUAUAGUCCGUCCCGUUCAAUCAUCCUAGAAAAAUAGUUUUUUUGGUAAAUAAUUUCAGUUUUGUUUGACAUAAGAAACGUAAAAGUGUUUUGGAAAUGCAAAAAAAACCACAACUAUUUUUGUGUCCAAUUUAGAAAACAGUCGUCUCCGUAAUAAAUAACUUGUGGUAAAUUCCAUAACAUGAAAAAAGGCAUUCCCUGUGGGACGGACUAUAGAAAAUAUCAUUUUUAUUGUAACCAGUUACGUUGACUCAUGAAAGUUAUAAUUUCUUGUUUCAACUACCGUAAUGUGUGCAAUUUAAUUGAUUACAGUUAUUUUUAGAAUUCACAUUAAAAUCUAACAUUAGUAGAAAAAUGGCGUUGAAAGAUGGCAAAUAUUGUUUCAUUAACUUAUUACACUGUAUAGUAGAUAACAACAGUGAACAGAUAAUUGCUUUAUUAGUCUGUCCGUCCAUUCAUAUGUUCCACAUAGUUUUCCAGACUUUUUUUUUUAAUAAUGCCUCCAGAUAUCUAAUUGAAUUUCAUUUUGGUAUAGCUUUAUCACAUAGAUUUACUGAUCAUGUUUGACUUUCAUGAAGAUUGGCACGUUUUUGACAGAGUUAUGGCCUUGAACAGGAGAUAUGAAAAUUUGUUGGGCCUGGUAGGGGACAUGUAUUGCUUUAGCAGUACUCUGAGAAUGCUUGUUUAUUAACAGAUUGUUACAAUAUUCAAGGUGUAAAAACUGCCAAAAACCACCAAAAACCACCAACAAGAAUAGUGUGUUAUAAUCGGUUGAAUCAAGAAGGACAACGUUACGAUUUCACCAACAGGGAAUAAUCUUUAGAAACUUUCUGCUGAGCUUUAGGACAUCAUCAGCAUUAGAAAAUAUGCUUAUUUUGUGACUGAAUUUCCUAUUAAACAUGGCAACAGUUGGUUGAUGUUGUUUACUGUUACGAAAUUAGUGUUGAUUUUGAUUCUCGCAUACUGGAUUGUUGUCUAAUGUAUAAGAUUACGUUUUUUUCAAGACAUAUUGGGGCCGAAUUUACGAAGCCUAUUUUUCAUAAAAGCCGGUGUUUAAGCAUUGUAAAUACAUGUAGUUAAAUGUGUGUAAGUCCAAAACAGGUUUUGUAAAUUUGGCCCAUUAUUUUUACUGGAAACCGAAAAAUUUAAUUGAUUCACAAAGCCAUGACGACUCAAGCGGACAAUUCUUAACAUGAACUGUAACCAGACAGCAUUAUGAUUGCCUGAUUGUGAAGGAGAGACAAUUUGGGGAAGUUCCAGAAUAGUUCGUAUGGGGGUUGUCUGAUAGUGGUAGGUCAUCACUAUUCCUUUAUGCAUACAUGUACAUGGUUUCAAUUUUAAAAACGAUUUAGUAGAUGGUUGAUAUAUUCAAAUAUUGCCUCCCCAUGCAGUCAAUUCUGGAAAAGCCCAAGAGGGAAAAUAAAUGAGUAACAAUAACACAUUUAUGUUUAUUCAUGUUUCACACAGGUCCAAUUUCAACAUGUAGGCAGUACAUAUCUUCCAAACCUGUAAAUGUGUCCAAAUUGAACAUAAAGGUUCAGCUUGAUGACAUUGUGUUUUGUGUAUAAAAAUAAAGUGAUUCUUAUUAAUGCUA